UGAAUCAGGUAGCUUGAUUUAACUACCACUCCACUGUGUGUCUUUAAGUGGGAUUCUCCGGCGCCGGGCGAGAGGAGGGGUUGGCGUGACGCUGGCUACGAUGCCUUUGCUCUUUGGUGCUGAGCUGAGCAACGCUCUUCACCUGCAGAUGAGAGAGCGAGGGAAGUAGGGACGGGCUUUCUACUUCUGAAGAGCUUACCACUGGAAGCGCGGAGCACAGGGGGAACAAACCAGCUAUCACAAGGCGGGGAAAUUAUACAAUUACCAGAGAAGAAAUACGAGCCAUUUCCAGCUCAAGCAGCCUCCGCUUGCUUGCAAUGAUGAAAACUGUCUCCAUUCUCAUGCUGACAGCAGCCUUACAACUGGCCACGUUUUGGGGGACUAAUGGAAAGCUCGUGUCCAAAGCCCCCUGCAGACCCGGCUUCUCACAAAGUUUUUACUCCGUGCUUAUUUCAAGGGAUGUACUGCAAGGCCGGAGCAUACUUCAAGAUUCCACCGUGUCAUCUCCGAAAGUGAGUUUUGAUGACUGUAUGGCGAAUGAGGGGGUGGUCUUUCAGAGCAGUGACCCCAGGUUCAGCAUUGGCGCUGACGGGUCCAUCUACGCCCAGAGAGAGGUGACCAGCCUGACCGCACCGGUCCAGUUCACGGUCACUGCCAGCGGUCCACACGUGUGGGAGACCACGGUCAAACUGGCCCUGAUGGGGCAACCCACUCCCUCAUCGCCAGGCAAUCAGGUCACAGAGGAAGAGGGAAAAGGAGGGGAGAGGAAGGAGGAAGAGGAGGUCAAAGCACCACCAGAGUUCCAGGCUCCACCCACUGUCAUCAUGUUUCCCAGGCAACAGGAGAUAAGCUCCAAGGGGCUGCGGAGACAGAAGAGGGACUGGGUGAUUCCACCAGUCAACGUGCCUGAAAACUCCAGGGGGCCCUUCCCACAAAUGCUUGUCAGUAUCCGUUCGGACCAGGACCGGAACAUCUCCAUCCGAUACAGCAUCACAGGGGUGGGAGCGGACCAGCCACCCAAUGAGGUGUUCAGUAUCGACCCUGUCGCCGGCAAGAUGUUCGUCACCAAGCCGCUGGACAGAGAGAGAAGAUCAUCUUACCAUCUUCGUGCCCAUGCAGUGAACAUGAAUGGUGAGCGAGUGGAGAGCCCCAUAGACCUGUACAUCUAUGUCAUAGACAUGAACGACAACCGGCCUGAGUUCAAGAACCAGGUCUACAAUGGCUCUGUCGACGAGGGCUCCAAGCCAGGUACGUUUGUGAUGCACCUGGCAGCCUUCGAUCAUGAUGACAACACCACGGCCAAUGGGAUGGUGCGCUACCGGAUCCUUUCCCAGACGCCACACAGCCCCAUCCCCAACAUGUUCACCAUCAACAGCGAGACCGGAGACAUUGUCACCGUGGCAGCAGGCCUCGACCGCGAGAAAGUGUCCCAGUACAGCAUCAUCGUCCAGGCCACGGACAUGGAGGGCAACCUAAACUUUGGCCUGUCCAACACGGCCACCGCCAUCAUCUCUGUGACAGAUAUCAAUGACAACCCACCCGAGCUCACCUCCAGAACUUUUUCAGGGGAGGUUCCAGAGAACCGGAUCAAUGUUGCGGUUGCCAACCUGACCGUGAUUGACCGCGACCAGCCACGCUCGCCCAACUGGAACGCUGUGUACAGGAUCAUCAGCGGUGACCCCAUAGGUCACUUCACCAUCAUCACCGACCCACACACCAAUGACGGCAUGGUUACUGUGGUGAAGGUAAGGCCCUGCGACCAACCACAACAUAUCUAAUCAAAGUUUAUUUGU